UAUACAGAGCAACCAUGUUAAUCUACUUGCUAAGUUUUUCUUUCUGUGUGGUCAUUUCGGCUAUUCCAACUGGCCGAAUUGAUGUAGUGUAUCCGUCUGUAGAAACAUUAAGAUCUGGAAUAAAGAUAAUAAAAUUUCGAACUUUUGAUCGAGAUAUAGAACUGAAAUUGGAACCAGCAGGUGAAGUAAUAUCUGAUGACUUUGCUGUCGUAAGCGAUGAUCAAAAACAAAAACAGAUCAAUAUUGAAUUCUUAAAGAGAAAUCUCUAUAGAAAUAAAGAAAAAGGUGUAGCUUUGCAUAUUAACGAAGAAGGACCAUUAUCCAUUAACGGAAUUUUAAGCUCUGAUUUAAGAAUUAAGCCUUUAGAUACGGAAAACAUCGAUAAAUAUGGCAAUAGAGCUCAUCGUAUAAUAGAAGUGUUACAAGACCAACGAUCUCGUGUUAUAAGUAAAAUUGUUACUCCUGACGUAGAAAAUAAAACGUACAAUAGAAAAUUCUCCAGAAUUGCAGAAGAUAUUGAAUGUGUAGAAUUAAAAUACAUAUUCUUAACAGAGAGCAAAUUUACAAAAGCCUUCGAAAAUGACACUGUAACAUUAGAAGAAUAUUUAUCAGUUACUUUGAUUCAGGUUCAAAAUUUCAUGGAUACGUUAGAUCUGAGAAUUAAAGUCAGUUUGGUUAAGGCAAUAAGUUUUACUGAAGAAACUGAACCGGAAUUCAUGAAAAAUAGUGCUAUUAAAAGUCAUGAAAACUAUAUCGAUCCUAAUAAAUUAAUUGGGGGUGCACGAGAUUACCUUUGCCAGUCGAGAGAAAACUUUAAUACUGAUGAAGCUGAUAUUAUUUUCGUUAUAUCUAAACGAACAUUUGGCGUAAUGGUAUCUGACGGAUCGAUUAGUACAGGAAUAGCUGGCAUAGCGUAUGUAGGAGUAAUUUGUGAUGAGUGUUACAAAACAGGAGUUGUGUUUGAUGACACUAAUAUCUACGAGAGAAGUGACACUAUUGCUCACGAAAGUUGUCACAUACUGGGUAGUCCCCAUGACGGACAAGGACCAGUAUCAAGUGUUCCUAACAGUCCAGGAUCUAAAAACUGUCCUAGUUCUUAUGGAUAUAUUAUGGGUUCUCGUAACGAAGUAAAUGGAACGAAAUUUUCUCCUUGUACCCGUAACAACAUAGCAAAUCUACUAAAUUAUCAGUUAUCGAAAGCNUUAGGAAUAAAAGUUCGUUUGCUGGGAAUUACUGCAUUUACGAAAGAAUCAGAACCGUCUUAUAUCGCACAGAGCGCAAUUCCGGGUCACGAACAAUAUCUACAUACUGAUAAUUUAAUUUAUAAUAUGAAAGCUUAUUAUUGUAAAAAUGCUACUGGUUUGGCUAAAGAUGCUGACAUAAUUAUGCUUAUUGUUAGUCGUAAAUUGGGUAUCCUUCGAGAAGAUAAUACCGUUGAGUUUGACGCUUCCGGCAUUUCAUACGUAGGAACUGUCUGUGAUAAUUGUGGUAAGGUAGGCAUCUCGUUAGACGAUUCAAAUUAUUACGAAAGAGUUGAUUCAGUAGCUCAUGAAUUAGCUCAUCUACUUGGAAGCUUACACGAUGGCAUGAAGGGUGACAACCCUAACAAUCCAGGAAGAUCAACGUGCCCUGCAUCUGACGGUUAUAUUAUGGGAGAUCGAAGUAAUAAUGAGACCAUUGCUAUGGCUAAAACAACCAUGAUCUAUCUUGCAAGUAUUUUCCUUUUCGCAAUCGCUUCGGCCAUUCCAAGUGGUCGAGUAGACGUGGUGUUUCCAUCCGUGGAAACGUCCAGGUCUGGAGUGAAGACGGUCAAAUUCCGAGCUUUAGAUCAAGAUAUAGAACUGAAACUGCAACCUGCUGGAGAAAUAUUGGCGAAAAACUUCGUACUCCUGAAUGAGAAAAAUCAAAUAGUUCAGUCGAUUGACGUGGAAGAUUUGAAACGAAAAAUUUACAGAGACAGCACAAAUGGAGCCGCUCUUUUGAUCGACGAAGACGUGCCUGUUACAAUUCAAGGAAUUGUAAAUUCAAAGUUGAGAAUUGCACCGUAUGAAUCUGGAAGGGCGGUUAAAGACGAAAGAAUAGCACACAAAAUCGUGGAAGUUACAAGUGACGAAAAAUCUUUUUUCAAUGACGCAGUUAUAUCUGUGGAUGGUAAUAGAAUAAUGAAAAAUGUCACGAGAAUGGACAGGAAAGGCAAAUGUAUAAUUGUGGACAAUCUCGUUUUAACAGAAAAUGCUUUUACGAAACGAUUUAAAACUUUAAAAGCUCUAACGGAAUACGUAAUCGUUAUGUAUAUGGGGGUACAAAAUCUAAUGGAUACUUUGGGAUUAGGAAUAAAAGUUCGUUUGCUGGGAAUUACUGCAUUUACGAAAGAAUCAGAACCGUCUUAUAUCGCACAGAGCGCAAUUCCGGGUCACGAACAAUAUCUACAUACUGAUAAUUUAAUUUAUAAUAUGAAAGCUUAUUAUUGUAAAAAUGCUACUGGUUUGGCUAAAGAUGCUGACAUAAUUAUGCUUAUUGUUAGUCGUAAAUUGGGUAUCCUUCGAGAAGAUAAUACCGUUGAGUUUGACGCUUCCGGCAUUUCAUACGUAGGAACUGUCUGUGAUAAUUGUGGUAAGGUAGGCAUCUCGUUAGACGAUUCAAAUUAUUACGAAAGAGUUGAUUCAGUAGCUCAUGAAUUAGCUCAUCUACUUGGAAGCUUACACGAUGGCAUGAAGGGUGACAACCCUAACAAUCCAGGAAGAUCAACGUGCCCUGCAUCUGACGGUUAUAUUAUGGGAGAUCGAAGUAAUAAUGUUAACAAAUUUAAAUUUUCUAACUGCUCUUCGAAGAGAAUUUCUAAUACAUUAAUGUCACCCGAGGCUUCUUGUGUAUUUAAAGACUGCAAAUCUUAUUGAUACUAAAUAAUAUUGUAUUUCACAUUUAAUGGAAUAUUAUUUA